AUGGAUCCAAAAUCCUUCAGCAAAUUUCUAGAUGAAAAAGUGGAAGGAAAUGAAAAGGCUGCUCCUUCAGAACAGAUGUUUAUGUAUGAUGGGAGGAUGGGAAAAAUGCCUUCCAGAAGAAUUAUAAAAACACACCUCAUCCCUCAAAAGUUGCCCAAGUCUAUUUUUGAAAAAAAGGCAAAAAUGCUGGUUUUGUUUCGGAACCCAAAGGACACAGCUGUAUCUUUCUUCCAUUUUGCCAAAGGCAUAAAAAUGAGUUCUGACCAGGAAACCUGGGAUGAGUUCUUUGAAGAUUUUAUCACUGGAAAAGUGGCCUAUGGAUCUUAUUUUGAUCAUAUUACUGAAUGGAACAACUAUCUGGAGGACAGCAAUGUAUUUUUUAUUACCUAUGAGGAAAUAAAAGAGAAUCCAGUCUCAGCACUGAAAAAAAUAGCCAAAUUCUUUAAUUUUUCUGUAACUGAAGAGGAGAUUGAGAGCAUUGUAAAGAAAACAAGUUUUGAAAACAUGAAAAAUAACGCAGGAACCUAUGGAAAAGUAGGGAAAGCACUUUUCCGCAAAGGAAAUAGCUAA